AUGGAGAUUCCCUCAGGAAUAAGAAAAGGCACGUGGUCUGAAGAAGAAGACGAUCUUCUAAGAGCAUGCAUCCAACGUCACGGUGAAGGAAAAUGGCGCCUAGUUCCUCAAAGAGCAGGCUUGAAUAGAUGCCGGAAAAGUUGUAGACUGAGGUGGGUAAACUACUUAAAGCCAGACAUCAAGAGAGGAAACUUCACUGAGGAUGAAGCUGAUAUGAUAAUGAGGUUCCAUAGACUCCUAGGAAACAGAUGGUCGCUGAUUGCUGCGAGGUUUCCUGGAAGAACAUCAAAUGACGUGAAGAAUUACUGGAACACCCACAUACGAAAGAAGCUGCAACGGUCUGAGGAGAAACAAGAGGCGACCAGCAUGAUGAAAAGCCACAAAGUCAUAAGGCCCCGACCUCUGACUUUGUCCAGAAACUGGUCAAGGCCGAGUAGAGAGGGAUUAUCAUCUGAAGAAGGAGCUGCGAAUACUUGUGAUAAUAACGAUACUCAUAAAAGUGAACAAAGUAGUUGGAGAUCAGACAAGGCUAUAAUGGCGAGUGAUGACAGUGACAGUAAGAACAGGAAGAGUGAGAGUAGUGAAGUGGCGGGGGUAGGUAGGGAUUCUUCAGCAGAGAAGAAGGAGUGGUGGGAGAGUUUAUUGCUUGAUGACGACGUCAUGAACAAAGGCAACGAUGAAGACAGCUUUUGGUGUUUGAGAUCAGAGGAAAACAGCAAAUUCCUGGCUCAAUUCUGGGACGACGACCAACCACUUGAUUUCUUUUCAAUAUGA